UCUACAGGAGGAGGGUGCACACGGACAAAGCGAGAGAGCAUGGGUGGGGAGCUAAGGGAGGAAGAAGACAUCAAAUUCUCUACUUUUUCUUCUUAAAUUUUCCUCUUUUUUGGAGAAAAAAGGAUAAAGAACACAUCAUCUAGAGGAUAGAGAUUGCAAGGAGAUCAGUCUAUAGAGCUGAAGUUGAUUGUUUUUUUUUUCUUUUACCCUUGUUUUGAGGUUGCGGGUUUAGUUAGAAUAGCUGCUAUGGAGGCAUCAGAGAUCAUCCAUGGUGGUGGCUUAGAGGCUUCUGCGACCGGAGAAUCCGUGCAAGCUUUGCCGUGGGAUGUCCAUGGCUUUGUGGUAGAGAUUUGCGGCUCUUCCCGGUAAUGUUUUUUGAAUUCAAUUCAUGAUUUCUUUUCUUCUUUCCAUUUUUUGAUUCUUUUAUUUAGGUUUCUCACUCUCUCUUUUCUUUUUUUCCUCUCUUUUUAAUUCAAAGUUUCCUUUUCUUCAAAAGAAAUGUAAACAUCCCUUCUGAUUUCUGAAUACAGACACUCUCAACUUUUCCAAAUCAUUCUUGCUUAGUUCAAGUUUUCGAAUUCUUUGCAAAAUUCUUUAUAUGAACACUUCUUCCCCUACUUAUUUAUUGGCAUUCUUUUUCUAAGAAGAGAACAUUAAUGAAACAUUAUAAGAGUUGAAGAAACAAAUAGACAGGCCAGGGCAAAACAAGAAGGGAAGAGGGGUGGUUCUAGAUAAGUAUAGUAAAGAAGCAAAGAAAGUAAUAUCAAAGAACAUUCAAUCCAACAAAUAAAAAAUAAAAGACAAACUUUGGAAGGGAGUAGAGGAUGUUGGCUGGGUGCUCCUCAGCUCUGCUGUCGCCGAGGCACCAAUUGAGGAGUGACGCUUCAGUGCAGUUGCAAGGCUCCCAUUUCCAGCUGCAGGAGAAGCAUCACACUUCACAGCAGAGGAUGGGUACCCAGCGCUUUGACCUCCCGUGCAGCUUCUCCAGAAAAGAUGCCACCCGGGUCGCCAUUUCCCUGGAGAAACCAGCUGAGACCAGAAGUAGUAGUUGCACAUUUAGGCCGAAUCCGGUAACGGCUUCUUCGUCAUCAGUAGUGGCGCGAGCAGUCUCAUGGGAAGGAAGGAUAGAGAUCACUGAAGGGGGGCCUUGGGAGCGACGGAGGAGCUCAAAGAGAUCCCAUGAGAGGAGCUCAUCUGAGGAGGAGGAUUCAUGUCUCGACCGAGCCAAGAGGACAAGGACCGGUGACACAACAGGGUUAGUUGUUGGUGAGGAUGACAUAUGGUUGCCUCAAUGCACCAAAAAACAUCCAUUGGUGGAAGAGGAGGAAGAAGAAGAGAAGGUCCUUCUAGUUCCUAAUGCAGCAUUGUUUCCAUUUUUCACCUCCGCAAGCAGCACAUUAGUAGGCUCUUUUGAAACUGGAAGGGGUUCGGGCACAGGUGUGCAGCCAAACAACAAGUCACAGUCGGAUUCGAGUUCAUCAUCCGAUACCCGGAGUUCAUCUCCAAAGCAACACAGGGAUUCAUCUGAUAAUGUGGCACGGAAUGGUCCCCAAAUCCCUUACCCAAGUGGUUUUGCUAGCAUGGUAGGUCAGGGUGAGAACACCCAAACGGAGCAGCAGGGUCUUGAGCUUGUGAGCUUGCUCACAUCAUGUGCAGAGUCCAUUAGUUCCGGUAAUCAUGAAGCCAUUGCCUUCUACUUAGCUAGACUUGGAGAGCUUGCCUCCCCGAGAGGAUCACCGAUACAUCGAGUAGUGGCCUACUUCACAGAAGCCUUAGCCCUCUGCGCUGUAAAGCUCUGGCCUCACAUCUUCUCUAUUACCCCACCUCGGGUGCUGGUUGAUCAGAGUGGUGAUAAUGAUGAUGCCACAGCAUUGCAGCUGCUCAACCAAGUCAGCCCAAUUCCGAAGUUUCUGCAUUUCACAUUGAAUGAGAGAUUGCUCAGGGCUUUCGAAGGAAAGGACAGGGUUCACAUAAUAGAUUUUGACAUCAAGCAAGGACUUCAGUGGCCUAGUCUGUUUCAGAGCUUGGCUUGCAGGGCUAAUCCCCCAAGCCAUGUGAGGAUCACCGGGAUCGGAGAGUCCAGACAGGACCUUCACGACACAGGAGCUAGGCUGGCGAGGUUUGCGGAGGCCUUCAAUCUUCCUUUCGAGUUCCAUGCAGUUGUUGAUAGAUUGGAGGACGUGAGGCUUUGGAUGCUUCAUGUGAAAAGGGAGGAUUGUGUCGCGGUAAACUGUGUCCUAAUGAUGCACAAGACACUCUAUGAUGAGAAUGGAGGAGCUCUGAUGGAUUUGUUAGGUCUGAUUCGAAGCACAAACCCAGCAAUUGUUCUUAUGGCCGAGCAAGAAGCCCAGCAUAAUGAACCCAGAUGGGAGACAAGGUUGGCCAACUCACUUCAGUACUACUCUGCCAUCUUUGACUCACUGGACUGCAGUCUGCCGGAGGAUAGCCUAGCCAGGAUCAAGAUCGAAGAGAUGUUUGCUCGGGAGAUCAGGAACCUAGUUGCCUGCGAAGGGAGUGAGAGGGUUGAUAGGCAUGAGAAGUUUGAGAGGUGGAGGAAGCUGAUGGAGGAUGGUGGUUUUAGAUGCAUGGGCAUUGGAGAAAGGGAGAUGCUUCAGAGCCGCUUGAUUUUAAGGAUGUAUAAUGGUGAGAAUUACAGUAUAGAUAAGCAAGGGGAAGAAAGUGAUGGACUCACUCUUAAGUGGUUAAAUCAAUCUCUAUACACAGUGUCUGCAUGGGCGCCCAAUGAUGUUGCAGGCAGCUCAGCUACAUCUCAGCCAAGCUAAUCAGACUGUAUUUCUGCAUGGUUUGGUUUUCUUUUCUUUAUAAAUCUCCAAAUAUUCUUUUAUACAUUCCAAACACAGAAGUUCUCAUACCUUUUGCUUUGUGAAAUAGGAGAAAUUUUUUUCUUAGUUCGUAUUCUUUUCAUUCUUUGGUUGCUGAUCAUCGGCAAGCAUUACAUUAGAAAGAGAAGUUUCAUAUGACACCUCUCUUUCAGUUCCUUGGCAGAUUGCCUGCAGUUUCAUUCACUAGAAUUUGGAUUUUAUUUUUGUUGUAAUUCUUUUGUUUUGUUCAAUGUAAUUGGAAAACAAAAUCAGAUGUUUUUGUUUCUUUA